ACUUGAGUCUUCCCAUAUGAUGUGGAAAGCCCUCUCUUUCUUCUCUUUUUCUCUCUUUCUGAGAUCUUGAGCACAUCAAAUUAACGAGGAAGCACCAAAUUCACAAUUGGGUUUGGAACUGCAUCCAGAAAUGGAGUUCCUUUCCACUGGAUUUAUCACCAAAUUCUGCGGCUGUACUGUCUUGCUACUUUUCUUGCUUUCUUGCUCCACUUUCACUUCUACAGAAGCUUAUGAUGCACUGGAUCCAACAGGUAAUAUCACAAUCAAAUGGGAUGUGAUUAGCUGGACCCCUGAUGGAUAUGUUGCUGUUGUUACAAUGUAUAACUUCCAGCAAUACCGGCAUAUUCAGGCACCUGGUUGGACAUUGGGGUGGUCAUGGGCUAAAAAGGAAGUAAUAUGGAGCAUGAUGGGAGGCCAAACUACAGAACAAGGAGAUUGUUCAAAAUUCAAGGGAAACAUCCCACAUUGCUGCAAAAAGGAUCCAACAGUAGUGGAUUUAUUGCCAGGGACUCCUUAUAACCAGCAGAUAGCCAAUUGCUGCAAAGGGGGAGUGAUAAACUCAUGGGCUCAGGACCCUGCCAAUUCAGCAAGCUCAUUUCAGAUCAGUGUGGGACAAGCAGGAACAACUAACAAGACUGUGAGAUUACCUAGAAACUUUACACUAAGAGCCCCAGGCCCAGGAUAUACUUGUGGACCUGCAAAGAUUGUGAAACCAACAAAAUAUUUUUCUGCAGAUAAAAGGAGAAUUACUCAGGCUAUGAUGACCUGGAAUGUUACAUGCACAUAUUCACAAUUCCUGGCUCAAAAGACACCCACCUGUUGCGUCUCGCUUUCUUCCUUCUACAAUGAAACUAUUGUUAGCUGCCCAACUUGUGCUUGUGGUUGUCAAAAUAGCACAGCAGAUCCUACAAGCUGUGUAGAUCCAAAGUCUCCACUUUUAGCUUCAGCUGUUAACAGUCCUGGCAAAUCUAGCAAUUCACCACUCGUUCAGUGUACCAGCCACAUGUGUCCAAUCCGAGUGCAUUGGCAUGUUAAACUCAAUUACAAGGAAUACUGGAGGGUGAAGAUCACAAUCACCAAUUUCAAUUACAGAAUGAAUUACACUCAGUGGAAUCUAGUUGUGCAGCAUCCCAACUUUGACAAUCUUACCCAGCUUUUCAGCUUUAACUACAAAUCAUUAACUCCUUAUGAUGGCUUCAAUGAUACUGCCAUGUUAUGGGGAAUUAAGUUUUACAAUGAUUUGCUCUCACAAGCUGGUCCACUUGGGAACGUGCAGUCAGAACUACUAUUCCGAAAGGAUACAUCAACUUUUACUUUUGAAAAGGGAUGGGCAUUCCCUAGAAGGAUAUAUUUCAAUGGUGACAACUGUGUCAUGCCACCUCCAGAUUCUUAUCCUUGGUUGCCAAAUGCUAGUUCUCGGCCAGUUAUCUCUUUACUUUGUGCAGUCAUCACAAUCUUAGCGUCAAUUGUUUUCUUAUGGGCAAAUGCAUAGUGAAUUGUAUUGAGAAGACUCCUAAAGUCAUUGGUUCUACUUUCAAAGAAAGCCAUCUGGUUUAUGUUUCUUCAGUGAAGUUUACUGGAAAUGUUUGACGGGGGUGGCAUGGUAUUAUUAUAGCAACAUAACAUGCUACGAGGAGUUCAGGUGCACGAUUUCUCCUAUGGCAUUUUGCUGCAUUCUUAUCUGUUGGAGUUUUAUAAUAGGCGCUUAUAUUUUCUUUAUAGUUAUCUACUUCUUGUAUUCUCUUGUUCAUAUUAUAUGGUUGAUCAGUUUGUUGUAGGAUGUCAAGAAACAAUAUGUUAGGAUUGUGAGGGAACAUCAUGAAGAACUAUUUAUAGUUUGAUAUAAGGUUCUUUUCCUAUUU